AUGGCGUCGACUGACCUGCUCGCCACCUUCCAAAAACACAUCGAAGACAUGCGAAAUCUCUCCCUAUGCAAGAUUUGUAUCAAGCCUUUUUACGAACCCUUCAUCCUACCCUGCGGCCACACAUACUGCUACUCGUGCCUCGCAAGCUGGUUUGGAGGGGGCACGGGUCGGAGAAGCAAGAGUACCUGUCCUGAUUGCAGAGCCAAUGUCAGAGUCGAACCCUCCCCGAAUUACCUGCUUCGAGAUUUGGUUCACAUGUUCAUUGGUCGCGCGGAGCUCUUGCCGGAAGAUGAGACUGUGCAGGAACACCAGACGGCCAAAGAAGAAGAGGCCGUCCUGCUGGCCGCAGAUCGAGCUGGUCCAGGCUUAUUCAAGGGUGUCUUCGUGGGAUUAGGUUCCGCAGGUGGGUCAAGAAACUGGAGGUCCGGCAUACUGGAUCCAGAAGACAAUGUGUGGCGCUGUCCUGAGUGUCACUGGGAGUUGGAAGAUGGCGGAUGCAGUCGAUGUGGUUUCCACCAAUUCGAUAUGACUGGGAGUGACUCCGAUUCCGACCUGGAUGAAUCAAUAGAUUUGGACGACUCUGAAAUGGACGACGAGGCUGAAAUUGACCAUGAGUUUGGUACAACUAUGGGGGAGCAUGGCUUUCAUUUCCACUACCCUGCCACAUCGACUCGAAGACGUUCGAUCUCGCCAGGACUCGAGGACGACGAGGACUACUCGGAUGAAGACGAUGAUAUGGAUGGGUUCAUUGACAACGAGGUCGAAGACGGUGACAGCAAUAGUGAUGCGGAUACCGAGUCCACAAUGACCAUCUACAACAGACAACUCAGAAACCAUCGAGACAACGACCAUCCUUCAGUUUCAAGUGGGGUAUCUCAUGACGGAGAUAUCGUGUCACACUUUCCUUAUGAUCCAGCCUUCUACCCGGAAAGCGAUGCGCGUUCGACUGUCAAUACCGCCCAGUCAACCAACGGGGAUCAAUCCGAUGCCGCGACGAACUAUGACGAGAUGACAGAAGCAUCUGAUAUUGACACGGCCCCCGCGCAGCCUGCACGAAGAUCAGGCGCCCGCCGUGUCGUCCUGACUAGCGAUGAUGAAGACGAGGAUGAGCCGGGAGUAAACCCGAGCGCAACAGCCGACCGUAGUGCAGAAGAGAGGCUGCAUUAUCAUGGAGAUGAUCAUGACACUGACAACGAAGCUGACUUCAUGGCAUCGGUGCGGCACAGGUUAAGACGACGCGCGCGCAACGUUGCCGACUCACACUCCGAUGAUGAUGACGACGACGAGCCUAAUUCUGGUUCAGAAGACUCAGACGACAGUAUCCGUCCCCCUCAGUCCUCAAGUCAACGAAGACAACAUCUCAACAACCAACGUGCUCGAAGAGGGAAUCACAUGGUCGUUGGCGGGUAUGCACCGAUCAAUCCGCCUAGGCAACAAUAUCCCAACCGUCAGCAAAGUCACCGAGGACGAGGCAACACUAAUCGCUAUCAACCUUAUCAGAGACCAUUUGGGCGACGAAUACCGGUUGGUGGAGAAAAUAGCAGAUUGCCAGCUUAG